AUGCUGCUCACGGUGUACUGUGUGCGGAGGGACCUCUCCGAGGUCACCUUCUCCCUGCAGGUCGACGCCGAUUUCGAGCUGCACAACUUCCGCGCGCUCUGCGAGCUCGAGUCCGGCAUCCCCGCGGCGGAGAGCCAGAUCGUUUAUGCCGAGCGGCCCCUCACGGACAACCACAGAUCACUGGCGUCCUAUGGCUUGAAAGAUGGAGAUGUUGUCAUCCUGAGGCAGAAGGAGAAUGCAGAACCUCGGCCUUCGGUUCAGUUCCCAAGCCUGCCCCGGAUAGACUUUAGUAGCAUAGCUGUGCCUGGCACGUCAGGCUCCAGACCACACCAGCAGCCAGCCCAGCCGCCGCGGACAUCCCCAGCAGACACAGCUUCAUCCCCGCAGGGCUUGGACAAUCCAGCAUUACUCCGAGACAUGCUGCUUGCCAAUCCCCAUGAACUCUCUCUGCUUAAGGAGCGAAACCCACCCCUGGCAGAAGCCCUGCUUAGUGGAGACCUAGAGAAAUUUACUAAGGUCCUGUUAGAACAACAGCAGGACCGAGCCCGGAGAGAGCAAGAGAGGAUCCGUCUCUUUGCAGCUGACCCCUUUGAUCUUGAAGCUCAGGCCAAGAUAGAAGAAGAUAUAAGACAACAGAACAUUGAGGAAAACAUGACAAUAGCUAUGGAAGAAGCUCCGGAGAGCUUUGGUCAAGUUGUGAUGCUCUAUAUUAACUGCAAAGUGAAUGGACACCCCGUGAAAGCAUUUGUGGAUUCAGGAGCCCAGAUGACCAUUAUGAGCCAAGCUUGUGCAGAAAGGUGUAACAUAAUGAGACUUGUGGAUCGACGAUGGGCUGGGAUUGCCAAAGGUGUUGGCACACAGAAGAUUAUUGGCAGAGUGCAUCUAGCUCAAGUUCAGAUUGAAGGGGAUUUCCUGCCAUGUUCCUUUUCUAUACUCGAGGAACAGCCAAUGGAUAUGCUACUGGGACUGGAUAUGCUCAAGCGACAUCAGUGUUCCAUUGACCUCAAGAAAAAUGUACUAGUGAUUGGCACCACAGGCACGCAAACAACCUUCCUUCCCGAGGGAGAGCUUCCAGAAUGUGCACGGUUAGCAUACGGCUCAGGGCGAGAUGACAUUCGACCAGAGGAGAUCGCAGACCAAGAACUAGCAGAAGCUCUUCAGAAGUCCGUCGAGGAUGCAGAGCGUCAGAAGCCUUGAUGCAUGUAAUGUGUGUGUACUGCAGCUGGAAUGGGCCUCAGACCAGAGAAAAGUGAUAAAGAAACUACCUCACUGGGAACAUCGUCAUUACCAGCUUGC